AUGAAUAACCAGAAUGUAAACGAUCAUAAUCUUCUACUCAUUUCUCAGAUGUACCCGAAUGUCUAUACUUCAUCAGUCCAACAACAAGGAGAAUCGAAACCAGUGCGGCCGAAAAGGAGGAGGAAGAGCAAGAAUGUUGCGGCGGCGGAAGAAGGUGGAGAUGGAAGAAAUGGGUGGUUUCGGAAGAGGAAAUUGAGUGAUGACCAAGUAAGAAUGCUGGAAAUGAGUUUCGGAGAUGAGCAUAAGCUUGAAUCGGAGAGGAAAGAUCGUCUUGCGUCGGAGUUAGGUCUUGAUCCUCGUCAAGUCGCCGUCUGGUUCCAGAACCGCCGUGCACGGUGGAAGAACAAGAGGCUUGAAGAUGAAUACAAUAAACUCAAGAAUGCGCACGAAAACGUCGUCGUCGAGAAGUGUCGUCUUGAUUCUGAGGUUCACCACCUAAAAGAACAACUUCACGACGCUGAAAGAGAGAUCCAACGGUUGGCACAAAGAGUCGAAGGAGCUUCAAGCAACAGUCCAAUCUCAUCUUCUGUCACUAUCGAAGCCAAUCUAACGACACCGUUUUUUGGAGAUUACGAAGUCGGAGACGACGGUGACGGUUACGAGAACUUGAUCUACUCACCGGAAUACACUGAUGGAUUAGAAUGGAUGAGCCAAUUCAUGUGA